CUGUGUUUACAAACAUCAUGCAGUACGGAUUAACCAGAAAACGAACCAUCUGUAUAUCAUAUUGUGAAUUUGUUGAUUAAUUUUAUUUUUACAAUUGGUUUGUACAUUUUAGAAUGGACGGGGAACCAUCAACGUCAAGCAGUAAACGGUUACGUCUAUCAAGUAUUCCAGGAGACAAUGAUAGCCGCUCUACUGAUGAAGAACCCAGUUGUUUUGAGGAAUCAAUGCCCAUUCGAUUAGACGAGCUUACGUGUCCUAUUUGUCAUAAUAUUAUUGUUGAUGCCCAUGUUACUGAAUGUGGUCAUACUUAAGGUCAUAAAUGCAUCACCAAAAACUCGAAACCUCUAAAUUUUGUCUUAAAUGUGGUUUUAUAGUCCAUAAGACUUAUCCUAAUUUUAUGAUUGAAAGAUUUAUAAGAGUGACCAAAAAAAGCAGACACUUUAUUCAGACUGGCUGAUAUAAACAGGAACCAUACGGCGUGGUAUAUUCUAAUCUCUCGGAGAAAGCACAAAAUCUCGACCCUGAUGAUAUGGCGUUUCUUGUGGAAUUGCUACAGAAGAGAAAAAAGAAACUAGAGAAAUCUUCAAAAGUCGUCAAAUUUGAAUUAUUUAAAGAAUUCCUCACAAGAAUACAAAUUCGUAAGCCAGAGCCAUUAGAUAAACUUGCUGAUGAUUUGAAGAUUAUAAGGGUGGAUUUUUCGACACUUAAACAAAUUGAAAGCUCUCUGGUUGCUGAAAAAGAGGACCAACCAGUCCAUGAUAACACCAGUGUUCACCAGAGGAAUCAUCAUCAUAAUACUAAUGUUUGUGGAGUCAAAUUUCAUCCUACAAGUCGAUACCACUUAGCAUUCUGUUCAGCUGGUAAUACCGUUUAUUAUUAAGACUUGAGGAAUCCAAGCAAACCGGAAUUUAUUUUCAAAGGACAUCAUGACACUGUUUCAUAUGUUAAAUUCAUGAGUUCUACCGAGCUUGUCUCGUUAUCUACUGACAAUACUUGUAAAUUAUGGAGCGUUGGCAGUAACAAAACAUUCGAAAGAACAUUCAAAGCUCAUUCUAAUGUGCAUAGAUUUGUUGGUUUAGCAACAAAUGAUGAAUAUAUUUGUUGUGGAAGUGAAAACAAUGCACUUUAUAUUUAUUACAAAGGAUUUUCCAAGCCAGUAUUAACCUACUCUUUUGAUUUCGAUAGGCCAAUUUCUCGUACCGGAAUCGAGUCGCAUUGGUCAAAAAAAAAUAUCACUCAAAAUGCAAUAACCGCCGUUUGCUGGAAAAAAGACUCAAAUGUUAUUUUAGCCGGAAACACUGAAGGAUCUGUGAAGGUUUUGGAAGCUAUAUAAUGCUGAUUUGAUGUUCAAAUUAUCGAAGAUGUACAGAUCACAAGAAUAUCAUGUUGAGAAAUCACCAAAACUAAAAUGAAUCAAUUUAGUUUUUUACUGUUUUUUAUAUCAAUACAAUCAGUUUGGAUAUUAAUAUUUUCAAUGAUUCGAAGAUACGCUAUCUCUCAUGAUUGAAGUAUGAUGUCAUCAGAGGACCAUUACCUUGUUUUCGUCCAUCAAUGAAACACUCGAAAGAUUAAUACCUGUACGCAAUUAAGACGUUUGAUAUUUUUUAAGCAAUUGUUACCAAGGAGACUAACGUAUGGGGUGUUGAGAAAGUUUAUGCAAGGGGAAAAAAUCCCUCAACUGCGUGUAAACAGAAAAUUAAAUUUUUUCCCCCAAAGUUGUGCAUAAACUUUCUCAACACCCCAUAAACUGGUUGGAUCAAAGUUGGUUUUGAUUUUAAUUUUAAUGUUUAAUUGAGAGAGAUCUUUGAAAAUAUUGAAAUGUGGCUCUUAAAAGAAUCUAAUCAAAUUAAUUGUAAAAAUGCUAAUACAUUAAAUUUUAUACUUGUACUACGUGUUA